AUGACCGAUGCCAUUGCAGAGUUUGAGCUGAAGCUAUCAGAGCUAACGAUAAAUAACGGAUUAGUCAUUAGUCAGUUGACUCAAUUGGCCAAGCAACAUCCCGAAGUGGCGGACCAGAUCAUCGAUUUGAUUACAGCUAGGAUUUACAGAGUCAUACCGGAACAAAAGUUGUACACAUUAUACGUAUUGGACGAUAUAUGUAAGGUAGUGGGUAAUCCUUACAACAUUCUUGUGGGCGAUGAUAUUUACGAUAUCUUUAUUCACAUUUUCCAGUUAAACAAUGAUUUUGUACGAGGGAAGUUGGUCAAGAUGUACGAUCUUUGGAAGACGGUGCCUCUCAAGAACACAGGUGAGCCGGUUUAUCCAGAGGAGCAGUUGAAUAAAAUUGGCCAGUUUUUGAAAAAAGCGGGCUACCCUCGCGAACAAUCAGUGAAGCUGGUGGAUCUACCACCCAAGCCCACAACCUCUCUACAACAGUCCUUGAUAAACGAUAUUGACAAGCUCAUCCCCUUUUUUGAGAACCAAUUACGAACAAAUAGCCAGGACCAAAAGGCAACAGACAGGUUCAAAGCAUUGAAUAGCUUGAAAGCAAUGUUGACUAGACAGGAAAUGAAAGCUGCUGAAUUAGAGGCAAUUAAAUCGCACAUCGUCAACAUCCAAUCACAAGCAACACCAGUCACACCAGCUACCACUCCUCGAGCAACAACACCAUUUGCACCAACGAACCCCGCUUUUCAAGUAUUUAAUAAUUUGAUACUAUCCGGAUUAGUCAAGAAAGAACAAGAACCAAUACAGGGGUCAAAACCAGUUUAUACACUAGUGUUUCCAGAAACAAAAUAUUCCUUGGAUCAGCAACAAGCAGAGGCAACUUUGGAAGAUUUGUUACUUCAAAGCAGCUCAAUCCAACGUUCAGAAUAUGACAAACUAAAGUUUGUCGAGUUGAUGAGCAUUGCCAAAAGGACAUCCGGUGGAGAUUUACAGCACUUUAUCAACAGCAAUAAAUUGAAUUCUGCUGCUCUCAAUCUAUUGUAUGAGGCUAAACCUUCAAAGUGUUCCAUCUGUGGGAAAAGGUUUACGACUGAUCCUGAAGGUGCAAACAACAAACGCUUGCACUUGGACUGGCAUUUUAGAAUGAACAAGAAAUUGACUGUAAAAGGUGGAAAUAUACAGUCAAGGGAUUGGUAUAUUGAUGACUACGAGUGGGUCAAGUUGGACGAGAACAGAGUCGGUGAACAAGAAUCUAAUAGUGUCACCGACCAGAGUAUCGAUAUUCCAACUACUACAGAGAUCCAGUAUGCCAUUGUACCUGAAAACGACACAAAUAUGAACAAUCGCUGCUUAAUCUGUCGCGAGCAGGUCAAAGCAAAAUAUAAUGACGAGAUCGGUGAGUGGGUUUGGUAUGAUUGCAUAAAACCACCAGGCGAGAAAAACCAACGAAGGAUUGUACAUGUGGCAUGUUUCAAUGAUAAAAAGAGGUCAGCCGACUCAGAUUUGAAUCCCAAUGUUAAAAGGGAGAAAACGUAUUGA